AUGUUCUUCUUCUUUUUUUUAAACACUACACAGUUUUAUAUUAAAAAUGCUUACAACGAUAUUUUUGUGUGCGAUAGACUACCAGGUGUGCCAGGUCGUCUUGCAAAACCUUGUAGUAGAUCUCAUGGCAUAGAUUUUAUUACCAAUGUUGAUAACAAUGGAUUUAUGACACUUAAACAUCAAGACACAGAACAUGUAUUAACAGUAGAUCCUGAAGAUAAUUUAUUAAAGUUUUCAUGGCACAAUCCCGAUUUAACUGAGAAAUUCAUGUUUGUAAUGAUAAGCCCAUUAAACUAUAUUAUAAAAUAUAAAGAUGGCUGUUUAACGUAUGACAAAAAUGACCAUAAAUAUUUUCUUGAUGCAUGUGCUAAAACUGACGCACAGAUGUUUCAGAUAUUGACACAUUAUGAAUACAAAAAGUCAAAAAAUUAUAAAAGACGUUAUGCAAUAAUUAAAAACGAAGGUUUUCCUAUUUAUGGUGAUUCCGAAUCAACCUAUGCUUCUAGUUGUAAGGUAAAAAGAAAAUGUUUAUUUAAAAAAAGUCGUAUUAGAUCUACUUUUUAA